AUGCAUGAUCGGAAAGUCAAGUGUAAAUUUUGUAACUCUGUAUGCUCUGGUGGGAUUUUCAGAUUCAAACACCACUUAGCUCGCACACGUAAUAAUGUCGCGCCUUGUGAUAAAGUUCCCGAAAAUGUUAGGCUCGAAUUUUGUCGGUUAUUGGAAGAGAAUGAUAUGGUAACAAAGAAAAAGAGAGGUGCAUUUUCAGCCAGUGAAGAUGAUGAGGUCUAUGAGAGGCAAGCAAGAGGAAAUAACUUGGAAAACAAUGUGACAAAAAAAGGAAAGGUUCAAAGCACAAUGAAUUCUAUUUUCAAGAAGGAAGAACGUGAAAGAGUUUGCCAACAAAUUGCAAGGUCACGACUAAUUUUCUUGUUGAAAGAGUUUACAAAAGGGAAAGAGCUCCUUAGGCCUGGAGCAACUAGAUUUGCCACAUCUUAUCUUACACUUGGUCGCUUGUUUGAGUUGAAAAGAUUUUGGUCAUCAGUUAUCACAUGCCUUAGGGCCGCGAAACCCUUAAUGAAGGUUCUUCGAUUGGUUGAUUCAGAUUCUAAACCAGCUAUGGGUUUCAUUUACCAAGCCAUGGUAAAUGCAAAGAAGGAAAUAGCAAACUUCAAAGAUAACCAAACAAGGUAUGAACCUAUUUAUGAUAUCAUUGAUGAUAGAUGGUAUAAUCAGAUGAAUAGGGCACAACAUGUGGCGGGUUAUUACUUGAACCCACAUAUGCAAUAUAGCGAUGAUUUUGAGAAUAAUGGUUGGAUCAAAAGUGGAUUGUACAUGUGCCUAGAAAGAAUAUGUGGUGCUGAUGAGAACCUACCGAAGACAAUUGAUUGUCAGUUUAUCAAUUCACGAAUGCAAGAGAUUACUGAAGAACCGUCUUCUAAUCAUGAUGUAAAUGAAGAUGAUGAUUUUCUUGAAAGGGCUAUAAGAGAUCAAUUGCGUGCGGAUGAUGGAAGAGAUUUAGGAGAAGAUAUUUUGGAUUUAGAAGAGGAAGAUAAUUUGGAUGCACAAUUUGUUAUCAGUCAUGAUCAAUCAUCUUCAAAUAUGAAUAUUGAUCAUUCAAUAGCAGUAAGUAAUUCUUGUUCAGAUUUGCAUUCAACUAUUAAUGAACAAUCACUUCAUGAUCAAUCAUCUUCAUGUAUGAAUAUUGAUCAUUCAAAUAGCAGUAAUUCCCGUUAUAGUUUUGAUUUUGAGCUCUACAAUACUGAAACUUUUAAGCUUGUUCCUUAUGAUAAGUUGAUACAUAAGAAGCCUUUCAAAGGAUUGUUGUUUGAUUCGUUGGACAUUGGUCUUGACUUUUACAAGACUUAUGGUCAAGAAUCUGAUUUUGAUGUGAAUAUGUCAAGUCAAAAAAGAUACAAUGAUGGCACAAUUCGUAUUAGAUAUUCGACAUGUAGUAGAUCUGGUUUCACGGAGUCAUUCAAGAAUGAAAAUAUUAAUGUGAAAUUUUCAGAUGUUAAGAGAAUGAGAAAUUCUUCUAAGAAGAACGGAUGCCCUGCUGUUUCAAAGUUCAAGAAUCUCCGAUGUUCGUUAAUAUGA